AUGGAUGCCGCUGAGGGCUUGGAACAGCUUUUCGCAGCGCAUUCGGCCGUGCCUGCGUUAGCCGUGUUGCAGCUACUACGGAAGGACUUGAGCCAGCAGCAAGCUCAAAUUCUGUUUAAGAACGACCGGCAUUGUCUUCAGAUGGGAACAUGUAGUUUUGGUCGGCGCGGGCGAGCAGCGUACGCAUUGCGCACAGGUACCGAGGUGCAGCUCUCAGGAUGGAUUUCAGCCAACAAAGCCUCAAGAUCUGCUGCACAACCACCGGAAUAUGCCAAGCAAGCUGGCCUGAGGUUAUGGAUGGGCCCCUGGUCCUAUGUGGAGCUGGAGGCAGCACGUGGCAUCAUGUUCUCUUCGGUCAGCAAAGCUAAACUGUCAGAGCUGUAUGCUCGGUGGGGCGGCAUCCCACGUUACGUCCUGAAGUACGCAGCCAACCCCGAACUGCAGGAGGAGCUUGAUGCAGCGGUGGCAACCGUUAAUAUGGAUCUCUUGUGGAAAUCCGUAGGCAACAUUGAAGCUGCACCGGAUGUCAGCCACAAACUGAUCCACGUCGAGGUGGAUGAGAACUGCAGCAGGAAACGCCUAGUCUUCGGCUCCGGGAUAAUCGGCCAGCGUGUGAUGCAGGAGUUGCAUCGGCAGGGUACUGCUGAGUUGGCCAAAUUCGUUAAGUGGUCCGCUGGCAGACCAGAUUUGGCCUCACUUAGAGGCAUAAUGUUCCAGGGGCUAGCACAUGACUUGCUGUGCCGGGGCGGCUCGUUUCGUAUGCGCAGCCUUUCUAACCCCGGAGAGCAGGAGGUCAGCCUGGAGGUGCCGGAAAUGGAGUUGAUGGAGGUGCAGGACAGCGACCUCAAAAAAAUCAGCCCCACAACAAAAGGGUCUGGGCUCCUGGUGCCGGUGGCGAGGAACUUCACUGCCGUGGACAGCUUUUUGAUUUUGCCUGACAGCAACGGCAAGGCAGCACGACUGCUCCUUAUCCAGGUGACUGUCUCUGCCAAUCACCGUAUUAGCGCGUCAGGGCUGCAAACCUCCAUGCGGAAACUGUCCAGGGACCUGAAGGGGCUCAAGCGCGAAAUGUACUUUGCAGUGCCGCCCGACCUGUUCAAGCAGUUCAGGAAGCAACAGUUUGAGGGGGUAGCUAAGGACUCCAUCGAGAUCGAUCAGUUUGCCAUCGAGAUCCCCCUGCCCUGGAAGCUCCAGCAGCAGCAGCAGCAGCAGCAACUUUCCGACUGCUGGCAGAGGUGGCCAUGUUGCGCCGUCUGCUUUGAGCAGGUCCCCAACGGGCAUCUCAAUUCCGAGGCGCAGCCAUCUGCCACGGUUGAAUCCGCGCAUGGUCAUCCUUCCCAAGCUGCAUAUCUCGAGCAUCUCCUCUGCUGCCCCCAGUUGGCGGUGAUGGUGUCGCCACUGCAGCUGUGGCAGCUGCAUCCGCUGGUGAUGGCUGGUAUGGUGGCCGCUGUGGAUGUGGGCACAAGGUUGUGAACGUCAGAGGCUUAGAAAUCUAGUCGGUGGCUUUGCUUGUC